CGGGAUCUUGAGGAAUGUUCUGACGGAAGUAGUUAAGCCUGGCUUCACAUGUCUGGCAACGCAACUUCUCUGCAGUUAUAUAGUACUCUAUAAUCUUUUAUGCUACUGCUCGGGAGGUUCAUGACGAGCCAGUCUGUACCUUGACAUCUCUGCUCACCUAGGAGCUCUAUACGGUCCAGAGGUAUAUCAUCUUGUGAAAGAAAGUGCAGCAAUGGCGACUUACGUGAAAGGAGCAUCUCAGGCCAGUUUGGCACUACAAGUGCUGAUGGGCCUCGCCUUCAUAUGGUGGUGGAUGUUCUGGUUCCUUCAGCCAAUUGAGACGGCCAGGAAUUGGAUCCGUAAGGCGGAUGAGCAUAUCUCGCAAAAGUUUCUCGGAACAAGAGGUUCUACUUGGCUUCUGCAAGUAUUCCCCUUCAUGGUGAUUGCCUUCCUCAGCUAUUUUGCUAUAGCACUUAAGAGGAAAAUCAAACCUGCAGUGAGAAACGAUUCGGCAGACCAGAAACCAAAGUUGAAUAUAUGGUCGCAACCUGUAAUUCUGAAAAGCCCGUUGGGAAUGCUCACCCUUGCCGACAUAAUCUUUCUCUUUGUAAAUAUUUUUCUCAUCGCUUUCUACUUCAUCAAGAUGUCCGUGGACAGAAGCAAUCGUAUCGACAAUACAAAACAAAAGAAGGGAGCACAUAGCCGAGGCCAACAGAAAAUGGAGUCCAUCGGCGUAUAUCUCGGCAAGGCAGCAUUAAUUCCUUUCGCUCUUCUCUGGAUACCAGUAUCCAGAGGAUCACCAUUUCUGCGCGUCACCGGUGUUCCAUUCGAGCGAGCUGUUAAAUACCAUACAUGGCUUGGCCUGAUGUGUGUGUGGAUACUUAUUGCUCAUGGAAUUGUGUUCUUUGCGUAUUUCCCUUUAAUACAUCACACCUCAGAGCUUUGGAUGUGGCAGCACAAGGGAAUUGCUUUCUUUCCAGGAAUUAUAGCCCUUGGAGCAGGAGUUUUGAUGCUCGUCACAGCAUUCGAAAGAGUACGACGGAAUCAUUUCAAUCUCUUCUUCCUCACGCACCACCUUUACUUCGUGUUUCUGCUCUUCUUCCUCUUCCACUGCGUCUCACAGAUGGUCUACGUCGUUACCCCAAUCUUGCUCUUCUUCCUCGAUCGAUUUAUCCGAAUGGUGCAAUCUCAAAAAUCUGUUGACAUUUUGUCAACUAAAGUACUACCCUCCGGUGCCAUCGAGCUGAAAUUCGCCAAGCCAGACAAUCUAGAAUACAACGCUCUGAGUUUCAUGUACGUACUAGUUCCUGGCAUCUCCAAGUACGAAUGGCAUCCAUUCAGCGUAGCAUCUAGCCCACUUGACGAGACGAACCAGAUCUGCAUAUACAUCAAACCCCUGGGAAGCUACACGAAGGACAUCCACGAUGCCCUUAUAGACACCAAACACCAUAAGGAGGCAGGAAAGCUGAAAUGCCCAUUCGGAUUCAAACUCAAUUUGGAAGGACCCUACGGUGACGAGUCGAACUUUUAUCUGAAGUACAAUUCUCUGGUUCUGGUAGCAGGUGGUAUUGGUGUGACCCCAUUCCUUGCAAUUCUUCGAGACAUCCUCCACCGACACAAGCUGCGUCAAGAUCAUUUACCCACCUCCAUUCAGCUGGUUUUCUGUGUUCGAAAUGAAAAGGAUGUGUGUCUUCUGGACACGAUCAAACCCAGCGAGAUUCUUGCGGAUUACCAGGACCACGUAGACAUAAAGGUUCAUGUAUAUGUUACGUCCAGAGUGGAAAUUAGUAAAGAUGAAGAGAUGAAUUACUCGGAGGCCGUUGUACCUUACCAGCACUAUAGCUACACCCACAUGAACGAGGCUCCGAAGCAGUACAUUGGGCCCCCACUUGAAGUAGUCCGACAGAUGUCUAUUUUGGCAGGGACAGGAGACGACAAAUGGGUUGCAGCCACAUUCUUUGCAACUAUGUUAGGAUACAUUGUGAUAUUCGGAAUCAUCAAUGUCACUGGUACCUAUGCAAAGCUCACAAACUACAACCGGGCAAUGCUUUAUUGCAUUGUCCUGCUCCUUUCAGUGGUCGGGUGCGGAGGUGCAGUUUUGAUGAUAUGGGCUCACACUCAAAAGAGGAAAUCAUCCAAAACCCACACACAAGAGCUGGCCAACUCCUUCCCGCCUUCUCCCGUAAAAGAGCACAAGCCGAGUGGUGGAGACAUUGAGCUCCGAGCCUCUCAGCACACUUCAUGGGAGGGACAAGUAACUUUGGGCCAAAGACCGAGCUGGAAAGUGUUAUUUGGCGACAUGGCGAAGCAGUAUGAAGGGAAGAACGUAGGUGUCUUGGUUUCUGGUGCCUCUAAGAUGCAGGCAGAUGUUGCAGCCGAAUGCAAGCAUCACUCCAACUUGAACAACUCAAAUGUUGCUUUCCAUUACCACUCAGUCAGUUUUGAGCUGUAAGAACUUUGUACGCCUAGGCCUCGGUUUUUUGAGAGAAAAUCCAAACAUGGAUAUGAAUUAUGAAUAAAUUUUCUUCAAGGCAGUAGUUGCAACAUCCCUACUGGAAGAAGAAAAAAUUGUGGAAGUAUUAGGCUCCAUACUGGCAAGUGCAGCAACUCUGCAACAAAGGUCAUUGCAGCAAGUCUCGAGAUGAGAAGCACAUCAAUACAACUCUCUAGUCCCAAUCUUCCAGUUUCUACUCCUGAUUACGCAAUAAUAAGUGAGCAUGAUUGGGGAAGAAUGAGUUGCAUUUUUGUAGAAGCAAUGUAUAUAAAGGCUUAUACAUCAAUAAAUCAAAUUCUC